CGUCCCAGGCUGUCAGAGGUCUUGAUAAAUAGCCAACUCCCACCCAACAGGUACGCCUGUUGGAAGGACUGGGGCUUUUGAUUUGCCUAGGACGCUGCUAAGAACUAUAUGGCUGAUGCUGCGUCUGCAACAAUGCGUCCCAAACUGUCACGGGUCUUUAUAAAUAGCCAACUCCUACCCGGCAGGUACGCCUGUUGGAAGGACUGGGGCUCUUGAUUCGUUUGGGACCGUUGCUGAUAGUCGCAUCGUCACGCGAGAUCGGCGGAUCUUCCCCUUCUCAGAUUACGCUUACGAAUAUGGUUACAGGGAGAUUGGUGGCAUCGAUGGAGACAUGCCCGGCGGCAAACACAACGAAAGUUACGUAGCGACUACAUCCUUCGCAAGCGACGAUGACGAGAAACGUUGCAAAAUCAACCUCUCUGAACUUAAUGGAGUUGUUGCCUGGAAGAACGGUAUCGACCUGGAGAAACAACACACAUCGGAUUUGCGUAUCGAUCUAUACGUAGAUACCAAAAAGUUGCUAGCCAUGUUCAAACUGCAUGGCUUUAUCCUACUCAAAGAUGGCAACACCAAGAAAAAGCUGUACUUGCUUGUUCAUCCAGAGACGAUCCAGUCGAUCGAGUUCGCUCGCAGUCAUCGUCCGCCCGCCAUGCAGGGACCUGACGGCGACAACUUCAUUUCCCUAGAGUUUACGAUGACACAACCACCUAGUCUCGUGGCGCCAACGGCAAACAAAGGGUCUUAUGAGCCGAGGCCUCGGUAUCAAGCUCUUUUUGACAGCAUGAAGUCCCUGGCUACAUUGUGCCAGUUCACUGUUUACCUGAACCGCCUCAACCUUACACCGGAGUAUCGAGAGCAGCUAGCUUUGCUCCCGUCGGUCUUCUCGUCCUCUCGUCCAUUUGGCCUAAUGCGGACGGACGAGAUAUUGGCAUCGUUCGACGUUUUGUUCCAUGGCGGGCCCGGUCAGGUUAUCGACUUGGGCAAGACUGCUCCUCCCGUUGGCACCAAUCACAACCAGACUUUGGAAGAAAUCGCAAAGGAAACAGCAGCGAAACCGACAGACAUCAUCCCUCCCCCAUAUACCAACGAUAGCUCGUCUCGGAAUGCGCCGGGGUACUUGGCCCCUAUUGAUCGAAAGCGACGUAUAAGUGAAUCAUUGUCUCCUGUGACGACAGAUGAACAGGUGCAGCCGCCUUCCACCUCGGGCUCACUUCUUCAAAGCCCGAAUCAGUUCUCCACCCCGACUGACCGAAAGCGUCGACGCACAAGCGAGCUCUUAUCUCACUCUCCAACUGACAAGCACAUUCUCCUCGCAAUACGUCGAGUGCUCGGCCGCACCGCCAGCCUCGAUGUUCGGGUCAAACAGGUUGAGAAACUGAUAACCGAGUGUCUCAAUGCCGAAAGCACAUGCAGAUACGACACAGAGGAGGUGGAGCAAAUUUUCGGUUACAUAAACACCAAAGUCGACGAAAGAAUCGACGAUCAUUUGUAUGAUGUGCGUCGCGAACUCGAGGGCGCGCUCCUAAGCCAAACAGAGGAAUGGGUGGCUGAGACGGUUGAACUAGCCCAAGAGGAGCUGCGGAAGGAGAUCGAAGACGAGUGGGUCGAGGAUAUCCGUCAGGAUAUUACGGUGAAGAUGGAGAAGAUGGUCAAGAGGGAGGUGUUGAAGGACAUGGCACAGGCAGUGAAGGUGAUGAGGAGUGCCCAGGCGCACAAGGAUGAUGCGAAACCAACAACACGAAGGAGGAUGUCCACCAGUACAGCAAGUACACAGAGCACGGUGACGUCUACCAAGCCGAUCCCCUCUGCAACGUUAAACCAGUCGUUACCUGGCGCAGCGGACCUCCAGAACGCCAUUAGGGAUAUCCAGAGGAGGUAUAGUCCCAAGAUCUCUGCGGAAGAAAUGAUGAGGGUGUUGGAUUUUCUAGGCGAAAACCUCAUUGAAGCAGUCAAAUACAACGGGUGCGGUACCGAGCUGAAGUGGCUGUACGUGCAAAGAUGGGCAGCGAAGCAAUAAGAGUAGCAGAGCCAAUCUCAGCAUCACGUUGAAUACAUCACACUUUUGGUACACUCUUUCAUAUCUCAGGCCGUCUCCAGUGGACUUUGCUUAAAGCACGAUGCAUUCCCAAUUCAAAGCGUGCCAGAUUCAGUCUUGUUCAGCUGUUUGCAUUGGCAAAUGACAUUUCAUUGUCUUGUAACGACCCUUCACAAUAUCAAGUGACCAACAUCGGACCAUCUACGUUAAUGUAUUUCUUCCUCCACUCACUCCCUCAGCCCACUUACCAAAAACUCGCGUCGUUUUUCCUACAUACGGAUUGUAGCCGAAUAUACAUGUAUAUGAAAGGUGAGAAGGGAUAGGGGCAAUAAGUGAAAUACAAAACGAAACAUACAACACCUGCCCAACUACCUACUAAUCAGGCCG